UUCGUGUCGAUGGCCUGUACUAUACUUGUGUUCCCACAAGAGGUCCGUAUAUUCCUCAACGAACACCACAAUAAGUGGUAUUCAACGAGUUCCUACUUUUGGGCCAAAUUAAUGGUCGAAAUACCCGUCUCAGUGCUCAUCGCUUACAUCUACUCAUUUAUCAUAUACUACGGCACCGGACAACCGGAUCAGACAUUCAGAUAUAUCUACUUUACACUUAUUACGACUUGCGGUAUGAUAAUUGCCAACAGCACCGGGUAUUUAAUGGGCAUAAUAUUUGCCCGUAACUAUCAAGUGGCCACCACUUCGGGUGUGGCGCUAUUCCUGGUGCUAGUGUUGCUGUCGGGCUUCUUCGUGCCCCUAACCAUACAGCACGCCAUUGUCAGGGGUGCCAGUUAUCUGUCAUUCACCAAGAUCACUUUUGAGUCCAUUCUCAUUACACUUUAUGGUUUUGAUCGGUGCAGUGAAUCUCAAAUGCCUAUACUUUUACAUCAGUUGAAACUCAGCGACACUCAGAUGAAGGAAAAUAUGUAUUGGAUUAUAGUUAUAUCGAAAGGAGUACAAUAA